CACACGCCCCCGUUAUUCAGGAAGCACCAAAGCACCUCACGCUUCUUCUCUCUUCGACCUGGCGGUCAACCCAGAGUGGAUAGACGGACAAUCUGGGCAAAAACAUUCAUAUCAAAUGUGGAGUUUGGGCUCUGGUUUGAAGGCCUGUACAUGUAAAAACACCACGUGGGAGACAGAGAGACCGAGACGAAAUCCGAGUGGGAAGAAACACCGAAAUUUAAAAAGUGAAAAACCUAAAACUACAACAAUCUGGGCAGACUGCAAUGAUGAUGGUGAUGAUUCUGAUCAUGUUAAUGAUUGUGAUGAUAAAGACGGCAGCAGCGUCGGCGCCUGGCCCUGAGAUGGACAUUAAACCUGGAGAUGAGACCGGCUCGGCCAAUCGAACCCUGCCCUGCUACCCGCUGGGCUUCGGGAUCACAGAGAUUCCCUCCAACAUCCCCAGCAACACCCAAUGCGUGGAAGUUGAGGGGACGCAGAUCACAGUGAUUUCCCAGGGCGCCUUCGCCAGCCUGCAGCAUCUCAGGAAACUCUUCAUAUUGAGGAACGACAUGCUGGAGAAUAUCAGCGCGUUGGCCUUCGCCAGCCUCCCUCGGCUCACUGAGAUCUUCAUCUCUGAGAAUGCUGCGUUGAAGGGCAUAGGGGAUUCUGCUUUCUCUGAUCUCCCUGAACUCACUAAGAUAACCAUAAUAAAGUCACAACACCUGAGACACAUUCAUCAUGAUGCAUUCAAGAACAUGGUGAAACUGCAAUAUCUGAAAAUCGCCGACACCGGACUGAGAAGGUUUCCGAACUUCACCAAGAUCCACUCAGCUGCCAGCAACUUUAUGUUUUACCUGCAAGACAACCGCCACAUAAAGAUAGUCCCCGCCAAUGCCUUCAGAGGCCUCUGCACUCAAGCUAUCAGCUAUCUACGGCUCCCCAAAAAUGGCAUCAAGGAGGUGGCAAGUGACGCCUUCAACGGCACAAAGAUGCACAGAUUAUUCCUAAGAGGAAACGAACAGCUUACUCACAUCAAUACCAACGCCUUUGUGGGUUCCAGUGAGUUGGUGGUACUGGACAUUUCCCAGACAAACCUCAGCUCCCUGCCGGACAACAUCCUCGGUGGGCUCAAGACGCUGUUCGCAGAGUCCACCUUACUUCUGAAAGAACUUCCUCCUCCGCAGCUCUUCACCAAACUCAGCCAGGCCAACCUGACGUAUCCUUCACACUGCUGCCCCUUCCAACUCAUGAGCAGGAACGAAUCGAGGUGGCACCCGCUGUGCUCCCACCCAGACGCUCCGACUGACCGUAACUUCCAACAGGACUAUUGCUUCAACUUCUCCUCCGUCGCCUGCAGCCCAACCCCAGAUGACUUUAACCCCUGUGAGGACAUCAUGUCCGCCGUCCCCCUACGGGUCCUCAUCUGGAUCAUCUCUAUCCUCGCGCUGCUGGGGAACGCAGCGGUACUUCUGGUCUUGUUAGGCAGCCGCUCCAAACUGACUGUUCCUCGUUUCCUAAUGUGCCACUUGGCCUUCUCUGACCUCUGCAUGGGCAUCUACCUGGUAGUCAUAGCAACUGUGGACAUGCUCACUCGUGGCCUGUACUACAACUACGCCAUAGACUGGCAGACGGGCCUUGGCUGCAGUGCUGCGGGCUUCUUCACGGUGUUUGCCAGUGAGCUGUCAGUGUUCACAUUAACAGCGAUCACACUGGAGCGAUGGCACACCAUCACACACGCUCUGCGGCUCGACCGUAAACUUCGCCUGAGACACGCAUGUAUUAUCAUGACAGCAGGCUGGAUCUUCUCCUCCAUCGCCGCUUUGCUGCCCACAGUCGGGGUCAGCAGCUACAGCAAGGUGAGUAUCUGCCUGCCCAUGGACGUGGAGUCUGCGGGGGCACAGGUCUACGUGGUGUCUCUCCUCCUGCUCAACAUCCUGGCCUUCUUCUGUGUGUGCGGCUGUUACCUCAGCAUCUACCUGACCGUCCACAACCCCUCGUCGGCACCGGCCCACGCCGACACCCGCGUUGCCCAACGCAUGGCCAUCCUCAUCUUCACCGACUUUCUCUGUAUGGCUCCCAUCUCCUUCUUCGCCGUCUCCGCCGCCCUCAAGCUCCCUCUCAUCACCGUCUCAGACGCCAAACUCCUGCUGGUUCUCUUCUUCCCCAUCAACUCGUGCUCCAACCCCUUCCUGUACGCCUUCUUCACCCGCACCUUCAGGCGGGAUUUCUUUCUCCUCACCGCUCGCUUCGGCCUGUUUAAAACCCGAGCGCAGAUUUACCGAACGGAGAGUUCCUCCUGUCAGCAGCCAGCAUGGACCUCUCCAAAGAGCAGCCAUGUGAUGCUGUACUCCCUGGCCAAUACUUUAAGUCUAGAUGGGAAACAAGAGUGCUGACUGUCAAUCAAAAAUCCACAGAUACAGACCUGCAGAAGUCCAAUUUCUCUCAAUCCAUCUUAGGUCUGAUGAAUACACCAUUAAAGUUACAAGAAAUUCAACUUUGCUUAAGAGGUGCACUUGUUAUCAUGUGUGCGAGUUGCGGAGACACUGAACAGACUGAUAAAUCCUCAAUAUGAUGCCCCAACUCAUUAUUCUUAUGCUUUGGAUGACAUCGAAUUUUGUUGUUUGUUCUCAUAUACGUCCAAUAUGUUGCCAGUAUCUUUGGCCAGCACGUCAGCCGAUGGCUCAAUCCCAACGUCCCCCCUAAGGCCUGAAGCCCUGAACCCUCAGGGACUUGACUGACGUCACCUGGUAAACGGUUGAGUGUGAGGCUGCAAGGGCUUAAAAUGGUAUAAAUAUGAAUGGGACAACACUUUGCGGCGACAUAUCACGUUACCUUGACGAUGCCAUUUGUGGGAUUUUAUUUUAAGUUUUUUUUACUGAAUGUUUAAACGUCUUCCAGGGUCUUGCCUUACAAGACUAGAGGUCAAAAAAUAUAUUUAUUUGUUUUUGUCAGACUUCAUUGAGAAAAAUUAAAAGAAAUGGUUGAUAAAUUAAUCAAAUUAUGCAAAUGUAAUACUCCAGGCUGAACACCCAUGUGCCGUCCUCUUUGUUUAACUUCUUUUAACGCCUCCGGGCUUCCCCUGGUAACCGUGGUAACCCUGUUUUUAACGCCACAACGCUAUGAAUUGUGGGCAAUUCCCUCAGGCAAAGUCUGCAGGAAUGCGGACUUAAUAAUAAUAAUAAUAUAAUAAUAAAUAUAUUUAUAUAGCACUUUUCAAAACAGAUGUUACAAAGUGCUUCACAAGACAAUAAAAGCAGAUAAAGUAAAAAAUAGGGUAACUGUUAAAACAACAUAUCAAUGAUAAUAAAAUGGUAAAAUGGUAGAACAAGGUGAUAAAAACAAAUAUAUACGGUAUACAUAAAUGUGUAUAAAUAUACACAUUUGCAUAUACAGACAUAUAAUAUUGGGACCUUAUAAGAAUGCUAUCCUAAAAAAAGUUUUAUAUACAGAGUUAGAUGAUCGAAUCUUACGAGACUUACGGAAAGUCUUCAUAAAGGGCUCUAAAUGUCUGCCAGAGAGACCUCAAGGACUAAAAGAUUUGACAGUGGGACAGCCCUAAACCCUCACGGACUUUGCGGAAACGCGCUUCAAAGUCUGUGAGUUUGUGGACAUUGGGAUUGGGCCACUGACCUUUGACCUGCAACAACAAGUGUCCUUUAUAAACCACGUGACCCCUGGGGUAAACUCUACUGUAUGUAAAGUGUGUACAGAAGCAAAGCUACAGAACUGCAGAUACUUUGACCAAAUCUAGGUCAAAUAGCUGUCCUAGAUAAUUCCUAGCGUUUGUUUUUACCUUGAUUGGAACGCCAGACGGGUGGAGUUUACUGCGUCAUAACAAUUUAGAUCACAAGUUAAAAGUAGAACGAGUAGAGGAAGGUGAGUAAACUGAUUUCCCUUCCAUGCAUCGUCAAGAUAAUGAAAUAAACUGAAGUACGUUGAAACAGUUUAACAAAGGUUUGACACUCGGGAUGUCGGCAUCUAGAAAUCAACAUUCAUUUAGCAUUCAACGUUAUGAUUGAAUGAUAUUCAUUAAGGAGCGCGCCGCAGGGACCCGCUGAUUAAUAAUCUCCUCAUACACUCUGUCUGAUGGAGCUCUCCAUGCCUCCACAUCCCUCCUACCCUUCUUAAAAUGUAAUUAUCUUUCUAAUGUAAUUUGUAAAUGGAAGUGUCACUUUUUUAUAUAUAUAUAUUUGUGUGUUUUGUAAAAAAAAAAUAUAUAUAUCUUUGUGAUGGUUUUCAUUUAUAAAUAUGUUAUAUCCUC